AUGUCGAACCAGGCCCCUCCUCCAUUGGGACAGCAGCUGGCUAGUCUUCUGGAGCCAGCCCAACUUAUGUUAUGGGCCAUGUCUCAUUAUCUGCGCGUCUGCAAAGAAGCAGUGUUCACCCGUGGUCAGGUCUUCGCCCCAAUUUUCCAAACUACCAGACUGAGAGAUGAGGCAUUUGGAAAGUUCUGGGUCGAGUUUAGUGCACCCCGCGGCGAUCCAAACGCCGAGCCAGUCGGCAGCUCAGCCCUGAUCCCACACAUUCUUAAAUCAGCCCGCGGCGUCGUCCUUGAUAUUGGCCCCGGAACAGGAACGCAAAUGCCCCUCCUGCGCUCAAAUGAUAUCACCGCGCUUUACGGUGCAGAGCCUUGUAUCGGUCUUCACAGCCAGCUGCGUGCAAAGGCGAUUUCCGAAGGUGUAUCUGAGAAAUACCAUAUCCUGCCAUGUGGGGUCUCUAGCAAGGAUCUCCUUCCUGCUCUUCGGAAUGCAGAGACCGGUGUAACGGAGGCGUAUGACUCGAACCCUAAAAUGGGAAUUUUCGAUACGAUUCUCUGUGUGCGUGUUUUAUGUUCUAUUCCUGAUAUGGAGAAGACGACUAAAGAGCUGUAUGGUUUGCUGAAGCCUGGAGGCCGAUUGCUGGUCACGGAACAUGUGGUUAAUAACUGGACGGCACCGAAGGGCUCUAUCCUUGCAAGAUUAGCUCAAGCGGCUUAUAUGCUGCUCGGGUGGUGGUUUUUCAUUGGAGAUUGCUGCUUAGAUCGGGAUACGGAGGCGGCAUUGAGGAAGGCUGCGGAUGUACAUGGGGGCUGGGAGUCCGUUGAUUUGGAGAGGUCCUUUGAAUGGUCGGCUAUGCCGUAUCUUUCUGGCAUUUUGACCAAGAAAAGUAACUAG